AUGAUGUAUUCUUGCCUGUUUUUACUAUUUUGGAAUAUCUGCUGCUCGCUAUUUAGAACAGCUUCCUUUACUAGAGAGAACUCAAUAGUUGAGAACGUCGGAUGCUCCUUCAGUGCCUCAAUUAGCAUGAUGAUCAUGCGUUUCCUGAAGUCGUUGGUUAUCUGCAUGGGUUAA